GGUGAAAGGGAGAGAGUCUUUGCGAGAAAGUUCAGUUUCAGAGAGACACAGAAAUGGAGAAGGGGCCGACCACUGUUUCAGCCAUGGAGGCGUUCGAGAAGCUAGAGAAGGUCGGAGAAGGAACUUAUGGCAAAGUUUAUAGGGCAAGGGAGAAGGCCACCGGCAAGAUUGUAGCGCUUAAGAAGACGCGCCUCCACGAGGACGAGGAAGGUGUUCCUCCCACUACUCUUAGAGAGGUUUCAAUUCUUCGAAUGCUUUCUCGGGAUCCUCAUAUUGUUAGGUUGAUGGAUGUGAAACAAGGGCAGAACAAGGAAGGGAAAACCGUUCUUUACUUGGUGUUUGAAUACAUGGAUACUGAUCUGAAAAAAUUCAUCAAGAGUUUUCGUCAUACGGGAGAAAGCAUUCCCGUCAACACUGUCAAGAGUCUGAUGUACCAACUCUGCAAGGGCGUUGCCUUCUGCCAUGGUCAUGGAAUCCUGCACAGGGACCUGAAACCACACAAUCUCUUGAUGGACCGAAAGACUAUGAUGCUCAAAAUUGCAGACCUUGGACUCGCUCGAGCAUUUACUUUGCCAAUUAAGAAGUAUACUCACGAGAUACUGACCCUCUGGUAUAGAGCUCCUGAAGUUCUGUUGGGAGCUACUCAUUACUCCACUGCUGUAGAUAUAUGGUCUGUUGGCUGCAUAUUCGCCGAACUUGCCACCAAGCAGGCGCUCUUUCCUGGAGAUUCUGAGUUGCAACAGCUCCUUCAUAUCUUCAGGCUAUUAGGGACCCCGAAUGAAAAAGUUUGGCCUGGUGUGAGCAAACUAAUGAACUGGCACGAGUAUCCCCAGUGGAACCCCCAAAGCCUUUCAACAGCUGUCCCCAACUUGGAUGAUAAAGCGCUCGAUCUGCUUGCACAAAUGUUGAAGUAUGAACCCUCAAAGCGUAUUUCAGCGAAGAGAGCAAUGGAACAUCCUUAUUUUGAUGACUUGAACAAGGCAUAUCUCUGAUGCCGUGUUGAAGAUGAUUUGAUUAGCGGCUUUCUUCAUGAAGGGAAGGAGAAGAGAAGGGGUUGCUUUUCUCAAGCAGAAAUUUGGAGUAUAUUGUAGAGAAAAAGGGAUGGCUGUUUUGUUUGUUGUGUAAGGGAUGGCUAUUUUGUUUGUUGUGUAACCAAAAUGAUCAAACCAGUUUUUAAUCAGUCGGUAUUUCGUGUGAAGAAAUACUGGCUUACCUUUUGGAAAUCUCGUGUUGUUCAACACUUGUUAAA